GUGUGCUCACUGCCGAAGGAAUGGCCCUCUCACAUUUCUUCCUGAUUCACAUAUUCAGUGGGGCAAGCUUGUCAUCCCCUCCUUCUUGGGCUUCCCAGACAUUGAGUCUGGAAUGAAAAUUCACCUGCCUCUGAGUUGGCCACUGGUGGGGGGAGGGCAGUUACUUGGGUUCCCAGGUUGGAAGAUUAUCUCACCCAGCCCAAACUAUAUAAGCUGGCUAGGGUGGAGAAGUGCAGCAGGGCUCACUCCAGGGCUUUAUUCUACAGGAGAAAAACACACAGACUCGCAGCCGCCAACAUGAUGGUGCUGAAAGUAGAGGACCUGGUCACGGGGAAGAAGAACAGCAAUGAGGAGGCAAGGGAAUUCCUUCCUGAGGAUUUCAGAGAUGGAGAAUAUGAAGCUGCUGUUACUUUGGAGAAGCAAGAGGAUCUGAAGACUCUUCCCGGCCACCACGUGAGCCUGGCAGAGCAACAGUGGAAAAGCGAGAAACAGCGAGAGGCAGAGCUCAAAAAGAAAAAACUGGAACAAAGAUCAAAGCUUGAAAAUUUAGAAGACCUUGAAAUAAUCAUUCAACUGAAGAAAAGGAAAAAAUACAGGAAAACUAAAGUUCCAGUUGUGAAGGAACCAGAACCCCAAAUCAUCACAGAACCUGUGGAUGUGCCUCAGUUUCUGAAGGCUGCUCUGGAGAAUAAACUACCAGUAGUCGAAAAAUUCUUAUCAGACAACCAUAAGCCAGAUGUCUGUGAUGAGUAUAAACGGACAGCCCUCCAUAGAGCAUGCUUGGAAGGACAUUUGGUAAUCGCGGAGAAGUUAAUAGAAGCUGGAGCCCAGAUUGAAUUCCGUGAUAUGCUUGAAUCCACAGCCAUCCACUGGGCGUGCCGUGGAGGAAGCCUGGAUGUUUUAAAAUUGUUGCUGAACAAAGGUGCAAAAAUCAGUGCCCGAGAUAAGCUGCUUAGCACAGCGCUUCAUGUGGCUGUGAGGACCGGCCACUAUGAGUGUGCGGAACACCUCAUUGCCUGCGAGGCAGAUCUCAACGCCAAAGACAGAGAAGGAGAUACCCCUCUCCACGAUGCUGUGAGACUGAAUCGUUAUAAGAUGGUCAGACUUCUGAUUAUGUACGGUGCUGACCUCAACAUCAAGAACUGUGCUGGGAAGACCCCGAUGGAUCUGGUGCUGCACUGGCAGAACGGAACCAAAGCAAUAUUCGACAGCCUUAAGGAGAACUCUUACAAAACCUCUCGCAUAGCUACAUUCUAGGGGAAACUUUUAUCUGUAGCUGCUCACUGGCACUUUGAAGGGAUGACCCAAAAGAAGAGUGAGCAGCCAUAAAGCCCUGCUUCUAUUAUCAACCUGUUAUGAAGAUGUACCUAAUGAAGUUUCAAGAGAGCAUGGGUUUAUAGGGGUUGUUUCCUCUAGUGAAAUUCACUCUAUUUUAUUUAUUCCUGUUUAUUUACUUUUAUGACAACAACAUUCAGACUUUCAUGAGCAUCCAUUUGGUGAGCAAAACUUAAUUUAUCUGUAACACGUUCGGCGCCUUCCUAUAGCUAGUUCUAAGCCAUGUGAAUGAGCAGUGCAGAGAUUUGCAGGUAUUUUGAAAGGACAGAGGGGAUUACUGCAGGAAUACUUCCUGCAGAACUUUUAAUGUUGACAUUUGCAUGAGCAGUGGAAGGCAUUCAAAGGAAAGGAAGCAAGCGACUGAAGGCGAUUCUGUGGUAGGGAAGUGAAGCCAGCAUUUCAUUGUUGGGCCUGUUUUGUUUUUUGCUUGGCCAAAUGCACAGGGCACCAAGGGGAAAGAAUGUCAGGAGCGUAUGUGCAGGGCAGUGCAGGGAGCACCUUUAUGCAGAACUGAGUUUAAUCUAAAAGGCGAGAGAAAUGCAAACUGUAAAUGUGCAGAUGUAUAUUGUGUUGUAUUUAUAUUUUAUAUUCAUAAUAAAAGCAAAUAAACUCUAAA